CGGCCGGUAUCUUUCUCUAUUCUGCUCCCUGGCCAAUGGUCUGCAUCUCAUUCGGAUGGGAUGCGCGUAGGCGGCGGGGCUUUUCCUGGGCACACAUGCGCCGGCUGUGAGCGGGUCCCUGCUUGGGGCAGUGGGAUGAUGGCUAUGGUGCGCGCAUAUGGGCGAGCUCCAAGCCGGGCGAGGUGAGAAGGUGGGUCGGUUGCACUGGCUACCACUCUGCCCCGCCGAGGCACAAGACCCCGCGCGAUGUGACGGACAAGCCGGCGGGGAGAAAAGGAGAACCCCCUGCAGAGGCAGGCAACUGCGCGGGUAUUGGUGCGCCAGUCGCGCCCCGCACACGGACCAUCUUGUCCACGGUUCUUCGGGCGCGCGACGACCGUCGGGAAGGCGCACACGUCAAGCGGCACCAGCCCGAGCGCCGGGCACACUUGGCGCGCGCGUGCACGCCGGGGGCAGGCGGGUUCUCUUCGGGGAUCGCCAAUGAGAGGGGCGCUUCCUCGCGCCCGGGGGAGGCUACUCCGCCGAGGGCGGGAGAAGCAAAGGCGCCGCGCUUCCGGCGGCCGUGUGCUGGUGGAGGGUGGCCCUGGCGUGAUGCCGAUGUGCGCCGCCUUCUGCCUCCCUGUCAGAGAACCGCACGUCUUCUGGCCCGUGGGCCCUGAUCGGCCGCGGGGCCGAGCCCAUGAGGCGCGCGGUGCGUCGCCGACCGUGGGAGCAGCAGGAGGCGAGUGCAAGGUCUGGGGGGCGAGCCAAGGAGGGGCAAGAGAAGG